UUGCAGACAAAUUUAACUAAUACAGUGGAACCACGGACAAAUUUGAAGCUUAAAGAUGAAAAUCUUUCAGCUGUUAAAGGAUGGGAGAAAGCUGGAUCAGAAGUUUUAGCACUAAAACAAGAACUAGAGAAAGCUACACAACAAAGAGAAGCAUUAAAUGAGUGUAUGCUUCAGCUUCGUUUUGCUCGUGAAGAACAGGAAAAAAAGAUACAUGAUGAUUUAAUGAAAACAUCAAAUGAACAUGAAAAAAAGAUAGCUGAAUUAAAUAAAAAAGUUUCCAAACUAGAAUUGGAAAACAAUCAAUUAAUUUACUCUCUUUCAUCAAAGGAAAAGCUAAUUAACGAACUACACUCAGUUAGAGUUCAAUUAGAUUAUGAUUUAACUUCUGUUGUUGGUCAACUGGAGUCAACUCAGAGAGAAAAUGAUUCUUUAAGUUAUGAAAUCCGAGUUUUAGAGAAAGAACUUGAGAUCAGAAACGAAGAGAGAGAAUUUAACCGAAGAACAUCUGACGUGGCACAUAAGCAAUACCUAGGAAGUGUCAAAAAGAUUGCACAGCUGGAAACAGAAGCACAAAGACUCCGCUCACUUCUCCAAAAACGCUUACCUGGCCCCGCUGACGUGGCAAAGAUGAAGAACGAAGUUGACCUUACAAGAAAAAAGUCAAAUCCUUUUCCUAUUGCAUCAAAGAUCACCUUCUUGACUGAACAGUUGUGUUCGUUUGAAGAAGAGAACAUACUCCUUAAGGAGUUUCUCAACCAAAAGUCAAAAAGUCAAACGGUCGUACCUGCCACGUCGUUUGACAUGAGUAGUGAUGAGAAAAAUACUUAA